UAACGAGUGGCUUAUAUAUUUCCUACCACAACACUGACUGAUUUCAGACUGCGUUACAUAUAUAAAACAUGACAAAUGAAGAGUAAGUGCCGGAGGUGUUGUCCUGCCCAAGGAAGUUUCUAUUGAUAUUGUGGAAAAAUCUAUGUGUGUUUUUGGGACGAAAAUGCCAGUUGGCUUGUUUAAUAAUAUUAUCUUUUGCAAUUCCGCUGAUGCCCGUUAUAAUAGGGCAAGGUGUGCCCAUCAUAGGCUACGAAUUCAGCGAAAGCUUUCAGCCUUUGCUACCAUAGGCUUUGUCGAUGCCGAGGCCUUGGAGGAAGCGCUUACAAAAAAUAGUUCGUACAAAGGGGCGUUCGGCAUAGAGUUUCCCGACGAGUGGUCUGAUAUAUCCGAAUUGCCGCAUAGAUUCCGGUUUUCUCUGCGGUUUCCCGUCACCAAAGAAGACCAUUUUAAUAUAAAUCUCCUGAUAAUGCAGUACGAGGAAGUAAAAUAUUACCGCAGAAGUGGGUUUCUUUAUCUUCAGACGGAACUCAGCUUACAGUACCUGCAGAAAAAGAAUUCGACCCAAACUGUUAUUCGACCAAAACUGGAGUCACUAUAUGAUAGGGAUUAUCAUAUGCCAUUUUCCAAAUAUUUUGGUGUACUUUUAAUGUAUGCCUUUUUUUGCCCGUUCGCAAUGGAUGUUAAGAGCAUUGUCGAGGAAAAGGAGCUUCAGCUGAAGGAUAUGCUGAACAUCUCCGACGUAAGCAACUCUCUCCAAUGGCUGGCCUGGUAUGUCAAGUCCAUGAUAGUUCUAUUCAUAAUAUCGCUAGCUAUUACUAUAUUUUGGACGAUGAUCGGUAUACCCGGUGAGGAGGGGUCGCCAUUUGCCGACAUGCCCGUUCUCCCAUAUACCGACUCGUCUGUCUUUCUGUUAUAUCUGCUUGUGUGCAGUCACUCUUUCAUAUGUUUCGGCUUCCUGGUCAGCUCCUUCUGCACUCGCAGCAAUUGGUGUGGAAUCAUUGCCAUCCUUCUGUUCAUGGCCAGCUGUGUUCCCAAUUUUGUCACGAGCAGAGACAGUACUGGGACACUGUUGAACAUCCUGUGCAGCAUUUUCGUCGUGUCAGCCAUGAACAUGGUCAUGGAUCGAAUUAUCUUAUGGGAAUACGAGGGUGUGGGCCUGCACUGGAGCAAUAUCUUUCAGACGUCAUGGGCCCGUGACAGCAUAAGCGUUGGUGCGAUACUGUUUCUCAUGAUACUGUUUAGCCUGAUCUCGAUCCUCAUCUGCCUGUACAUGGAGCGGGUGAGGCCAGGGGAGUUUGGCAUGCCACAGCCAUGGAAUUUCCCGUGCACCAAGCGCUUCUGGUGUCCGACCAAGAACAUACGACGAGUAGUAUCAUUAUCCCCGCCCGGGUUGUUCCUGGUGCAACCCACCGACGAGGAGCGACGUUCUGCGGAUAAGUCUCCAGAGCGUAAGACCUCCAAGUUCGUGGAUGCCAGCGCCAAAGGCAAAACCCCUGGUGUACAAAUAAAAAAUCUCAGCAAAAGCUUUGGCGAACGACAGGUGGUCGCUGGCCUCACAUUCGAUUUGUUUGAGAACGAGAUCACGGUGCUCCUGGGACACAAUGGAGCUGGCAAGACCACGACCAUACAAAUGUUGACGGGCACCAUUCAACCCAGCUCCGGCACGGCGAUCAUCAAUGGCUACGACAUACAAACCGAACACCUCCAGGCCCGUCGAUCCUUGGGCAUUUGUCCGCAGAGAAGCGUCUUCUUUGCUGGUUUGAGUGUGGCCAGUCACCUUCGAUUCUACAGCCGGCUCAGGGGUCUCAAGGGGGCAGCGGUCAAACAGGAGGUGGAAAAGUACUUGCAGAAGCUAAGCCUUAAGGAAAAGGCCAACACCGCGGCUCGGCGUCUCUCUGGGGGGACACAGCGUCGGCUUGCGUUGGCCUGUGCCCUGUGCGGCAACGUCAAGGUUCUGUUCUGCGACGAGCCCAGCUCGGGUCUGGAUCCCAACUCGCGGCUGGAACUUUGGAAGCUGCUGCUGGAUGAGAAGCAGGGACGCACUGUUCUGCUCACCACCCACCAAAUGGACGAGGGCGAGGUAUUGGCCGACCGCAUUGCCAUCAUAAGCGAUGGCCGGCUCCGUUGCCUGGGCACAUUGGCGUUCCUCAAGAAACAGAACGAGACCAGCUAUCUGCUCAGCUGCGAGAAGGGACCCAACUGCAAUGUGUCCAGGUUGACCCAACUGAUAGCCGCCCACGUGCCCAACACGCGGCCUCAUAGCAACAUUGGAUCGGACGUGUCCUAUCGACUGCCGCACCGCUUUUUGGGAUCUUUUGGGUCACUCUUCAACGACUUGGAGCAACAGAAGGAGCAGCUGGAUGUUGUGGGAUUCGGUCUUAGCUCCACCAGUCUUUCAGAAAUAUUUAUGUCGCACGGCGCGGAAGAUCUUGGGGCUCGCACUAGCGGCGGUGGCGGAUCGGUUCAGCAGAGGCGGAGUCAGAGGCAGAGCCAGGGCCAAGAGCAGAGCCGUCAUCCGAACCGUUUCCUGCGCUACCUGGGCCAGUGGGAGGACAUGCUGCUGAAGAAGCUGCUCUACACAUAUGAUAAGAAAUGGAUGUUUCUGGUUAUGCUGCUGCUGCCCAUAGUUCUCUUCGUUGUAGUUCUUAUUCGUAGGCCAUCGGCGAGCGCACUUCUGGCCAGACUUCCUCUUACUCUGGCCGAUUAUAAUGGUGAGGAGGUCAAAGUAAUAUUGCAAUCAACAUCGGACACUCGCCCUGUGCGGGAUAUAGCCAAUGCCUACCAAGAGUUGGCCCAGCAGCACUGCACCGUCGAAAGAAUUAGCCAGAAUGUAAUAGACUACAUCGGCCCACAGGUGCAAGGAACGCCCGCGAGAAUAUACGAAAUGAAGCAACGUCUUAUAGCGGCAGCCACCUUCGACCAAGAAACGAUUGUCUGGUGUAGACAGCGUCUGUUCCCGCAUAGUGCUCCUGUGUCGCUCAACCUCGCGUUCAACGCCAUGGCGAAAGCGAUGGUGGGUUCCGAGGCGAGCAUAGAGGUAACCAAUGCCCCCUACGAAGGCUUGAGUCAAGUUGAGCAGCAUUUAGAGAUGAUUGUGAGCGCCAGCAUUUAUGUUUUGCUAUAUCUGUCCAUUGUCCUGGCGAUAUUCUCCAUCUCAGUGGCGCAAGAGAGGGUAACGCAAAUACGGAUGCAGCAGCAGGUGUCUGGCGUGAGCUUGGCCACCUACUGGCUGACCCACUUUAUCAUCGACUUGUCCCUCUACUUUGCGUUUGCGCUGACACUGAUUCUGGCGGUGCACGAGUUGUGCCAUCCCGGGGAGAUGCUGUCGAUACUCAUGAUCAUCGGAGUGGCGGGUCUGCCCUUUACCUAUAUUAUGGCAAGCCUUUUCAGAGAUGCUGGCACAGCCGUUAUCAUAAUUGCAAACAUCAACAUGAUAUUCGCCCCUGCAAAGCCCCUGUGCUUUGGUCUGCUGGGUGCCAACGGGGCCGGUAAAACGACUACCUUCAAGAUGAUUGUGGGCGACAUUGCCAUGACGAUGGGGAGUAUUCACGUCAGAGGCUGCAGCAUGAAAUUCCGCCCCAUCGCAGCGAGGCGGCAGAUCGGCUACUGUCCCCGCACGACACGCUCUUCGACUUCUGCACAGGCCGUCAAACACUCAGGAUCUUCCUUUUGCUGCGCGGCACACGCCGGAAUCUCCUCAAAAAAGUCUCGGAAAAGCUGGCCACCGACUUUGGCUUUUUUGCGCACUAAGCGAAAGUUAAACGCAGCGGUGGCCGGUGAGGGCUCAUCGCUCAUUUGUCUGGACGAGCCCAGUUCUGGGGUCGAUCCGGCCUCCCGGCGCCAUGUGUGGAAUGUCCUCUCCUCGCUGCGGGACAAGGGGAAGGCGGUGCUGCUCAGCUCUCAUAGCAUGGAGGAGGUGGAGGCCCUCUGCACGCAGUUGGCCAUUAUGGUGGAUGGGAAAAUUCACUGCCUAGGAUCGCAGCAGCGCAUCAAGAAUAAGUUUGCCCAGUGUCUGGUGAUCAAGUUACAUGUGGAUACCGGAAGUCUGGAAAGCAUGGCGUACACUGUACUGAAGGUAAAGAAUCAAAUGGAAUCGGACUUUCCCACGGCAUCGCUAGAGGAAGAGUUUGGUGGCAGGCUCACUUACCACAUACCCAUUGCCAAAAUGAGAUGGUCGAGGGUGUUCUCAUACGUUGAGAGAAAUCGCAGCCCUUGGAAGGUGGUGGACUACUCUCUGACGCAGCCGUCGCUGGAAGAUGUAUUUCUGGACAUUGCCAAGAAGAAAGCGAACGAAAAGAAACAACAAAAGAAUCAAAACAGGCAACCGAAGAGUCGUCCCACCAAAAAGGAUUCUCCGAAAUCUGAUAAAGAUAAUAGCCGGGCCACUAGGUUAACCAAGACAUAGCCCUGUAGAAAUAUAGCGAGUGAAGGCUGGCAGACAGCGAGCUGGCUGUCAUAAGGGAAUUCGACUAAAAUAAAGUGCUUUCGGAGUUCUUUUUUUGA